AUGAAAAACACAAAACUUGCUUAUAGUAUUGAGCUGCCUUUGAAAUCAUUGGAUGAUGUCCUGACUGCAGUAAACAAAGUCUUGUCAAGUGGUCUGAACAAGUACCAGAGUCAAUUUAUUGCUCCUGUUAUUGGUGACUGGCGAAAGCAUUUUUUUAUUUGGCAGCUGGUAUAUUCUAAUGCUACAACAGUACCUGCAACUCUGAAGAAUGUAAUACCCUUGAUUGGUCCAUUACACAUUUCGUUGAAUGCCAGAGUGUGUGUAUUGUUACUGUUCCAUGAGUUAUUUGCUGAUCUCUAUGCCUUUCUUUUUGGAAAAAAAGCAAAGCUGGCCAAAAAACCAAAGCCUUGGAGA